CCGAAAAUGGCGGAAAGAUUGAGUGGUUUGUUCAGUGAAGUUUGUCUCUCCACUUGUUCACCAACAAGAUGGAAAGAAAUUGUUGUUAAUACCGGUGCAUCAACAAGUACACUACAGGAUAUAAAAGUUGGGGAAAGCUGUGGUGGUUAUACCUACGAAGCUAGCGGUUCUACAGACACAUCCGUUAGAAAUAGAUUUAUUUAUUGGAGAUCACAUGAUGAUAUAUUGGAACUGGUGGAAGAAUCUCUCGAUGUUAAUUUAUCAGGAAACUAUGUUCGUUAUCGGUUCCAUUCUACACCCAUCCUAGAUGGCAUCACCGUUCAUGAGAUUGACAACCAUGUUGUUAUUCUGGUUGCUACGGUGGCCAGUGUACACAGACUUGUAUUUCCUCAUCCAGAUAAGAUCAACAAACAGGAUUCUUGUUUUUUGACCAAUGCGCCAUCUCCAUCAAUAUUUUACGAUGUUUCAUUCGUCAACACCACAGACUCCAGAAACAUGUUUCUACUCAAUCCAAGCAGUACCAUAACAACACAUCUCACCACAGCAGCUACAUACGUAGACAGUAACGGAGAGGCAUUAUUUUGUUUGAGUGCUGAAACAGGGGGAACAAUCCUUGUCAAGAUGCCACCACUAGGUGUUCAAGGUGUGGUUUUACAGAAUGACAUGUGUCAGUCAUCCAUGAUGAAAAAAUUAUGGUCUGGAUGGGUUCCAACUAUUAUCAGAGGUAAACAGAUUAGUCCAGUAACCCCGUACAAUAUGGUUAUACAUACACUCCGUGGUGAAUCACAGAUUUAUACUGUUUGUCAUGAUCAUCAUCUUAGAAUGUGGUCAACUAAGACUAGAGAAUGUGUUUUAACAAGAAAUUUACUAGAUUGGAUUCCUAAUUCUUCCAGUUCCACAGCCACCAUUGGUAGUUCAGGACACAAGAUAAAAAGAUUUUAUUCAGCCAAUGUGACGGCCAUGAGGCUUUGUAUUCAUCUUAAUUUUACAGAUAAAAACUGCUUUGUGCUAGUUGAACCAACUUAUGAAAAUGGUAAAUUUCACUUUCAUCAUAUAACUACAGUAUUUGCACCUCAUGAAGAUCUGGUAGAUUAUACUAUAUCAUGUGAUACAUUGUUUACGUUAUGGACGAGUACAACAGGUGAAUCAACAGCUAGAGUUUAUUUACUCACUGGUGAUACUGAACAAUGGAUAGACGUGAUUCUCCAGCCACCAGAAACAACUGAUGUUUGUUUGCCUAGUUAUAUUGAUCCCCGCGAUUUCUUUCUAGGGAAAAUAUUUUAUCCUGGUUAUUUCGCUCUUAAAGAUAUUUUAAAGGCUUUAAAUGUAUAUCGUAGAUCUGUAGACUCGAGUAUCCAGAUUGAUAGCGUUAAUAUUAACAUAGUAGAUUUAAAAGAAGAAGUUACCAACGCUGUCGAGACAGAGAUACGUAAUUGUGCUAUGGAUUAUGAGAUACAAGAGGAUGAAUAUUGUCAGUUACAACUCGAUCAGUGGUCAAAAUUCUACUCCUGUUGUUUACAAUAUAAAGAGGUUGGGAGUAAAAUAAAGGGUAUUUUCUCAGAUAACGUCACCGGUCUGGUUUCUCUUGUUAAAAAGGAGUCAUUAAGUUUUCUUCGAGUCUGUGAUCGUCUGGAGGAAGUAAACCAUCUCUCGGACCAACAAUUACCAUAUUUAGAUAUUGAUGUACAAGACGAGGAUGAAGCAUGGUCGUUACAUCAAGAUGUAAAAAGAUUAUGUGAUUGUAUCGGUCGAGUUGAUAAUGAGAUCUCCAGUGAGCAUGCUCAACAAUUCCAGUCCCGUUUAUUGUUACUGGAUAAUCCACAGGAACUGGCUGACCAUCUGGUUGAUCUAGUCUACUUCACGGAAGAUGGUCGUCUUUCUACGACUAACUGUCAGUUACUCGGCCUACAUAUACAAGAGAUUAAUAACAUAACAGUUGCCAUGGAGAUACUGAUACGUCUGCUCGAUUUAAACCAGGCAGAAACAGACGGACAUAUUUUAAUGGAAGAAUCUGGUAUAGAUGCAGAGAAACAGUCAAUCUGUAGUCGUUUAUUUCACAGUCAGACAGGAGUAGCCAUCUUGUUAAAAUGUCUACAACAGUAUUCAUCAAAUCGACUGACCUUCACUAGAAAUUUUAUUCUACUUUCUGAUCUUCUCAUGAAAUUUAGUCAACAGCAUCAAUAUGGAGUAGAUUUUGAUACAGCCAUGCACAUCCGAACAUCCCUCAUACCAGAAUUAGCUAUGUUGAUAAAAAAUUACAUGGUUCUAGAUCAGUUCUCACAUGUAGUAGCUACUCCAACUCAAAACAACGCACUAGAAUUUAAUCUGCGCCAGUUGUCCAUCCUUGAGAUUGCUGAUAGUUCUGGACUAUCACCCAAUAAAGGUUCUGGAAACUCGACAUUGUUUGAAAUAUUUUUAGAUGGAGUCGGAGGAAGUUAUUCUAGGUCAUUACUAGGUCAAAGUUCACUGGUUAAUGUGGAAACACCUUCUAUAUGGAUUGACCUUUUGCUUCCAUUGUCUGUUCUACAAGCUAGACUCCUCUGGCCAAUGAGUGAAGAGUUUGUGUUUGCUGAGUUUUUGGUUGGUUCUUGUCAGUAUCUAUGGUUACAGGAAUAUAUACGACAAACAGAUUCCUGGUGUAAUAAAAAUGUUUCAGCUCGACAAUUUCUCCUUGGUUUAGCCUAUCUCCAUUUUGAUGAGCCAUCCAAGGCUGUAGACUGUUUUGUCAGGGCUGGUAGUGGAGUCACAUCAGAUGAGUUUUUAUCACAGAAAUUAUUACAAGUUGAUGAAGAAAGUACGGAAUCAUCUCUAGAAAUACUCUUUUAUUUAAAGGUUAUUCGGCAGUUUGAGGAGUUCGGUUUUCCUGACGUAGUAAUACGAUUGGCUGAUAUAGCUAUAACUAUAGCCGAUGAUAAAGAUCCAAAUCUGCCGACAUUAUGGUCGAAGAAAUUUAAAUAUCAUUUAGAGUUAAACCACAAUGAAGAGGCGUAUAGUGCCAUGAUUGGUAACCCAGAACCCAGCAGAAGAAAAGAUUGUUUACGUCAGUUGUUAAUUGUGUUAUGUGAAAGAGGAGAUUUACAAACGCUCGUUGAUUUCCCAUUUGUAGAUUUAAAUGAAGAGGUAGUGAAUAUAUUAGAGAGCCGAGCAAGAUCUGUUGAUUUAACUACUCAUAAUUAUUACAACCUUCUGUAUUCUUAUCAUGUAGAUAGAAAUAACUAUAGAAAAGCUGGGUGUAUAAUGUAUGAGCAUGGAAUGAGGUUGGGCCGUGAAGUACCAGGAUUAAAAGGAAUUCAACGUCAAGCUCAGUGUUACCUAGCAACAUUAAAUGCUCUACGUCUUGGUAAACCAGAAUAUGCCUGGAUAGUCAAACCUGUUACUAACACGAGACUGGAUAUUGGAGAAAGUUUAUCAACCACAAAACAUGAUCUUGAAGGAGAAGAGAAAAAUCAUACAGAGAAGAAAGUGGAGAUAUUAGAAGUUUCUGAUAUAGAGAAAGAAUAUAUGUUAGUUGAUGCCAGGCUUCGUCUGAUACGUAAAACAGAAGAUCCAACGUUAAUGUCAGGUCCUACACCUCGAGCGGAAGAAAUGGUCGGCCAUCUUGUAAAUGCUGGGUUCUUUGAUCGUGCCAUUAUAGUGUGUCGUAGAUUUGAUAUUCCACUUAAUUCAGUUUUUGAGAACCUGGCUUUAAGGUGUGUUAAUUUGGCCCAAACAUGCGAUAAUUUUAGUCUAGAAAAGGAUCCGUCAUCAGAAGCCUGGGAUUGGUUAAAAGAAAAUUACUCUGCAACAGGUGCUCCAUGUAGGGAAGCAAGUGCUACAGAUCAGGCUUGGUGGCUGUUACAGUAUUAUUUAGAAUGUUACGAGACCGGUAACGGGAAGUAUCAUCGUUGUGUGGCAGAACGGCUACUAGCUCAUGGCUUCCCUUUACCAACAUGGUUCCUCAACUCAUAUAGGAUAUUAAAUACGUCUGAGUUGCUGCGUCUGUAUAUUAAUUAUGAUUUAUUGGAAGAUGCCGGGUGUCUUGUACUGGAAUAUGUGGAAGCCAUGAUGGAAUCAAUGAGUGGUACAGAUAGUCUACGCUAUAAUCUGAAGGGUUGUGUUCAUCAUAAAACAGGAAUGACAUGGUUACCUUAUACAUCUAUAGAUCAACUCUUACAUGCUUUACAAACUCAACAAGAUUGGACAUAUAGAAAGCUUUAUGAAGAUUUAAGAGAAAAAAUGUCAACCUAUAUGGACAAAGUUGAUUGGCUGUCACAAGAAAUACAAGUCACAUGAUGAGAGACAUUUGAGAUAAAUUGUGUAUAUCCAUUUAACUGACUCGACACUGUGUAUGGUGUGAACUAUUAGGCCAGUAAUGAGUUACUAGUCCCGAUUAUUCAGUCCUGUAGUCUUGGACAUCAUCUCUAAAAAUCACUAAUCAGGCCAAGUUAUCUGCCCUUUAAUAAGUUUUCAAGUUGUACACUUUAACAUAGGUUGCUAUGGUUUCAAAACUAGCUAUAAUGAUUGAUAAUCUCCAGCUUGAGGUUACUACUGUGGUUGAUUUUCGGUAGAUUUUUCAAAUCCUAGCAUAUUUCCUUAUCUCAAGUACUGCAAUUGAUUCAAAUGUUUUUGUCCAACUGUCCAAGAGUCAGGCCUGGAAAUAACGGUUUUACAUGUACCUGACAAAAUGUCAGGCACUAAUGAAAUAGUACCGGACAUUUUCAACUUAGUGCCAGACAUGUAUUAAUAAUAUCA